CAAUACUUUGCUCAACCUUACCUUAGUUAUUCUCUCCUUCUUGUGCCCCUUUUGUGCUGUGCCCUGAGCAGUUGGUCUGUCAUCCCGACUAAGUUGCAGCGGCCCAACGGUGGUUGGUGCUUGGCGGUUGUUUAAGAAUUCGAAGGCAUCUCUGCAUCUGUCGCAGGGCCCUGCCGGAUCACUAGAACUCCUGCUGGUGGGAGGGGAAGGCUUGCUAGUGAAUAAUGUGUAAGUGCGCCCUGUGCUGUUACAGUCCACAGCUUAGGUUCUCUAGUGUGGGUAUGAAUUGUUUUCCCCUGAAAUGAAAUCCCUUCUCUAAUGAGUCAGGCUUGUAGAUAGUGCUCUUGCUAUAUAGUCGUUUCUCCUGGGUUCACUGUAGGAGCGCAAAAGAAGGAGGCUGUGCUGGUAACAGACCCCCACGCAGUGUGUACUGCCUUUUUGCCUUUGCUGACUGCUCACCAUGGUGAUAGCACCUGUGGUUUCUUCUCUGUUCUCAUCCUCUGUCAUUUUCCUCUACAAGAGUUGUGGGGACAGCUGACGAUUUGGACCUGCGGUCUAAUGUGUUUUCAGUCGGCAGAGUGCAAUUUCUCCAUUUUGUUUGGUCCCACAGCGUCAUUGUAAAAACUGGGAUGGUGUUCUGGAGCAGUGGGAAGCCUUAUCUGAGGGAACUGGAAAUAAUCUGUAAAAUCAUGGUCCAUGUCAUAAAAAGAGAGGAAUAGGAGAUUUGAGAUGAUGCCUUUUUCUCCAGAAUUAAUGUUACAAAGUGAGGAAUGGAGCAUGCCUAGCAGGAGGCAGGAUUGGCAUGGAGUAUUUCUGCCCAGGAUUCUUUCCCAAGUUCCCGGGGUCUGAUGUUGGAGGCCUUUUGGACCUUGAGAUAAUAUUUGGUAUUGAAAUGCCACAAGAGUCCUCUAAGGUUAUGAAUAUCUCCAUUUGAGAGAGUUCCUUGUGCUGCCUGAUAAAUGGUAAUGUGUUGGGUAACAGUUGGUAACAUGCAGACUGAUGAACAUUUCUGCUGCUGUUUUGGGGGUGUUGUUGUGGGAGGGUGGCACUACAAACUGCUUUCCAUGUGUAUUGUAGGGUACUUAUAGCAGCUUCCACAGCUCUUGCCAUAGUGGAUCUGUGCUUCUCUUGAGACAUGAUAUCUAAGGGCAGUUGAGGGGGUGGGUGCAAUCUUCUUGUGCUUUUCUUCCCCUUCUUGCGCUCCUGCACGGUCAGUCUGGGUAGAGGUGGUGAGUCCUGUUAUCACACAUGGCUCAUUCUGGUGUCUGGAUGUACACACCAGUCCUCCACAUCUACAGAGCAGCCCAGCUCUGCUUUUCCAUUGUAGAAAUUCUUUCACUCAGUUAAUAUUUUAACUGGACUCGUGGUUCAGAUUUGGUGUCAUUUCCUUGAAGAAGACUUGUGUCGACUGGAAUCAGUAUUGUUCAUGACUCUACUUGCAGAACCUUUAAUAAUUCGGUUUGUAUUUGAAAUUGCUGACAAGGCACAAAGCCUUUUGGCAUGUGGGAAAAGUCAAAGAACCACCGAAUGCAUUUGCAGCACUCUCUGUAUUCUUUGUGGCAGACAUGGGAUAAAGGGAGGAUUUGAAUACAUAUUUGGGGAGGAAAUGGAGAAUGUCUGUUUUGCUGUGGAGGUCUGAGUUCCCAGGGUGCAAAAUACUGGAUCACAGUAGAAAACUUCAGGAAUGAUUCCAGCACACAGUGCUGCUUUCCUGGGAUCCUCUCAGGACACCCAGAAGUUCUGCAUAUCUUAGGGCACUGUUGUUCUUCCUGGUAUUGCUCUUAGGGAAAACAUCUACCCUGCAUGCCUUUAAUUACUUAGGUUAGGUGUGGAAUGUUGUUGGUCAGAGAGAACCUUGCCUCUCAUUGCCUCUCUGCUCUUUGUCUUGUUAGAUGGGUCUUGGUGCUCAAGAUGUUGCCAACAUUUGCAUUUCAAUACAGGAGAAUGCAACUAUUAUUAUUAUUAUUAUUAUUAUUAUUAUUAAUAUUAUUAGUCUCUUCUCUAUAAAACUGCACAUGUUUUUAUUUUCCUGGGUUUGUUGGUUGUUGAGUUUAUUUCCUGUCUCAUUGUCAACGUGGCAGAUAUUUGGACCAUUCCCCAUUAGUGUUGGGGAAUGUGUAUGUCUGUCUUCUGUGAUUUACUUUGAGGGAAUUUCUGUAGCUUACAGGUCUGCUUCCUUUUUCCUUUGGGAGAGAAGUACAUAAUAGACACUGCAUGCUUUCCAGUUUCUGUGGAACAUCAACCAUAUUAUUCUGUACAGCUUCCCAAGAAACACUGAUAAUGUUAAGCAUAAUUAUCCUUUGAAAGGAACAUUCCUUCCCCAAAAAUAUUUAUUUUGUGAAGAAGGAACCCGUUCAGAAGAGGUAAGUUGUAAAACAAAUGGGGAUGUUGUGGAGACCAGUGUAAUUUGGUUCCUGUUCAGUCCUGGCAUCUCUUUGUUGAAUCAGGAGAAUGUUCCCCUACUGGACCAACAGAGCAGCUGUUACCUGCUCUCAUUCCUGUUCGAUGCUUCCAGGCACAGCCUGAGUGGGUGACAGCAAGCAGGAAUGGAGGAGGGACCAAAAUUCAUUUCACCAAACAGAUGUGUAGGAGGUCAAGGGAGUGUUCUUAGUGACAUUGUUGUGGUGUUACCUUCAUGGCUUUUGUUUGCUGUGUGCCAAGUGGAUCAUUCUAAGGUGAGUGAGAGAUUUUCUGUGGGGCCUCGUAGAUACCAAGGCUCUUGGUGUGCUCUCCAGGCAGCGAGUGCCUUCCAGAAAGGAAGAGAAAAACUUAGAACAAGCAAGAUGAAAAUUGAGCCAGGAAGGACUGAGGUACAUGACGAGUCCUCAGGAGCUGUGGUUGCCCAUUGCUUUUUUAGGUCUUUAAGGAGGAUUGUCUUGUUGGGCUGUGAUAGGUUUGAGUUCCAGAAUGAGAAAAUUCCAUGAUUUGUUUCAACUCUUCCAGGCCUCUAUGCACAGAUUUCCCAAUAAUUGUGGUUUCAGCUUCUGUGCCAGAGAGUGGUGGAACCUCUUUUGAUGUAGCAGAGCUGUUCUUUGCCAUCUGACUGCCUUGCUGUGUUACUGCUGGGUCUUUGAGAGCACCAGAGGCUGAAGAGUGUGUCCUUGUUCCUGGAGGGAGGGGAGUUGCAGGUGCAUGGACAGCAAGCAGGCUGCUCCCUCUCCACACGAACAGGAGGUGUAGGGAAGAGAAAUGAGACUUUGUUUGCACAGGCAUGUCAGUGGUUCGUGGAAGGGAUGCUGUAAGGUAUUUUUAAAGUAUUUUGUUGAAGGAAGGCAUGUCCAGAAGUUACAAGUGUGGAAUUAGAAGAGCAGGGGAGGCAACGACAAGAAAGAAUGAUAGGAAGGAGAAGAGAAAGAAGGAAGAAUGUAGAAAGAAGAUUUUAAAAAACGCAACUAAACAAGGAGGUACAUGAAGGAGUCAGAUAAAAGAAGAAGAAAGAGAGAUAUUCCCAAAUUAUACUGCAAGGAUUUGGAAAAUAUUUUAGUCAAGGAAAAGAAAAAGUUCAGAAGAGACAAGAUUGAAAUAGAUGAGGAGGGGCGAAACAUCUAGGACAGUGAUAAGCAGGAAUGAACAGACACAGAGAAAAAACCAUGAAAGGGAAGGGGAAAAUACAAAUAACAUAGGGUAGAUAAUAGUAACAACAAUAUUAGUCGUAGUAGUAAAGAAAAUAAUGAACCCAUGCAAAUAAAAGUAAAACCAGAGAGAAAGUAAGAAAGGAUGAACAGAAUGGAAACAUAAACAGAGGAUAAAAGAUCUGACCAGCACGCAUCAAAUUUAGCAGUAGACUUUGAGCAGAGUUGGUUCCUAACAACCUUGGUUGGAGCAGCACAGCUCUCCAGCAAUGAUGCCCCGUAAUUAGUGCUGAUAGUUCCAUAUUUGAUGGUCUCUGCGGCGCCAGAGAAAAGUGGCUACCUUCCACCGCGACUAAAGAAUAAAGGAGAGUAGAAGGAGAUGGGAAAGGAGUGGAAAAAAGGAGACUAGCAUAACAAGGACAAAAAAGAAGACAGACAAGGAAGAAAGAGAAAAGGGGACAAAGAAGAAAAGGUAAGAUAAAGGAAAUAUGACCUCAAUGAAGGAAUUGCAGAAAGCAAGACAAAUGAAAAAGCCAGCGAGAAAAAGAAGAAAGGAAGGAUUAUAUGAAAAGAAAGAGGAAGACAUAAGGCAAAAAGGGGGAGCACGACAACGAGACACGGCAGAAAACAUACCCAUAGCGGGUCGGCUGCUCGGGCGCUGUCACUGAGGGUGUGAGGCGGCGGAGGAGCGCACGGUGUCGCUGCAGGCUCAGGAACGGCUCCGUGUGGGCGGCUCCGCCCCGGUGCGGCGGAGAGCCCGGCUGUGAGCGCGGGGGGGCGGCGCGGGCCGGGCAGCAGAGCCGGAGCGUCCGGGCGGCGGCGGGGAGCCGUGCGGGGCCCGGGCCGGGGCUGGCAGCCACAGCGGCGGGGGCCACAGAGGCGGCGGCGGCAGGAAGGAUGGGCGAGCGUUGUUGCGCGGCGGUGCUGCGGGUGCUGGUGCUGCAGGCGGCCUGGGCGCUGGCGGGCGGGCAGGUGCGCUACUCGGUGCCGGAGGAAGCCAAGGCCGGCACGGUGGUGGGCCGUCUGGCGCAGGACCUGGGCCUGGAGGCGGGCGAGGCGGAGGCGCGGCGGCUGCGGCUGGUGGCGCAGGGCCGGCGGGCGAGCGUGGAGGUGAGCGGGGCGAGCGGCGCGCUGCUGGUGAGCUCGCGGCUCGACCGGGAGGAGCUGUGCGGCAAGAGCGCGCCGUGCGCGCUGCGCCUGGAGGUGCUGCUGGAGCGGCCGCUGCGCGUCUUCCAUGUGCAGCUGGAGGUCACCGACAUCAACGACAAUGCCCCCGUCUUCCCCGCCGCCCGGAAAAACCUCAGCAUCGCGGAAUCAUCUCUGCCGGGGUCUCGUUUCCCUCUGGAGAGCGCGUCGGAUGCGGAUAUCGGAGCGAACGCGCAGCUCACUUAUGCACUCAGCCCCAGUGAGCAUUUCUCUCUGGAUUUACAAAAAUCGAACGAGCGAACUCUUGUACCUGAACUCGUUUUAACGAAACCCCUGGACCGCGAGACGAUGCCCGUGCACCGGUUGGUGCUGACGGCGACUGACGGGGGCCGGCCGUCUCUGACGGGGACAAUGGAGCUGGUGAUCUUGGUGUUGGAUGCGAAUGACAACGCUCCCCAGUUCAACCAGUCUGUGUAUAAAGUGCAGCUGCCGGAGAGCGCUUCAGUGGGGACGCUUGUGACAAGGGUGAAUGCGACCGAUCCGGAUUUGGGAAGUAAUAGCGAAAUGACCUUUUCAGCGACCAGCUUCAUUCCCCCGAGUGGACGAGAUAUUAUUUCCAUCAAUCCGAAUACUGGGGAAAUUCACCUCACAGCAGCCCUGGACUUUGAAGAAGUCAGUGUAUUUGAUUUUCGUAUUGAGGUGAGAGACCAAGGGACACCUCCACUGUCGAGUCACUGCAGUGUGGAGCUGGAGGUGUUGGACGUGAACGACAACGCGCCGGAGGUGUGGGUGACGUCGCUGUCGGUGCCGGUGCCGGAGGACGCGUCGGUGGGGACGGUGGUGGCCCUGCUGAGCGUGUCGGACCGGGACUCGGGGGAGAACGGUCGCGUGCGGUGCUGGGUGUGGCCGGCGUCGCCGUUCGGUCUGGAGGCGACAUUCGCGGGCUCGUACUCGCUGGUGCUGCGCGAGGCGCUGGACCGGGAGCGGGUGUCGGAGUACGAGGUGGAGGUGCGUGCGGAGGACGGCGGGGCGCCGGCGCUGCGCGCCAGCCGCGGGCUGCGGGUGCCGGUGUCGGACGUGAACGACAACGCGCCCGCGUUCGCGCAGGCCGUGUACACGGUGCUGGCGCGCGAGAACAACGCGGCGGGCGCGGAGCUGGCGCGGCUGUGGGCGCGGGACCCGGACGAGGCGGGCAACGGGCGCGUCAGCUACUCGCUGUGGGACGGCGGCGUGGGCGGCGGCGGGGCCGCGGGCUCGUCGCCGGGCGGCGGGUGGCGUCCGGCGUCGAGGUACGUGUCGGUGGACGCGGAGAGCGGGCGCCUGUGGGCGCUGCAGCCCUUGGACUACGAGGAGCUGCAGGUGCUGCAGUUCGAGGUGCGCGCGGUGGACGCGGGGGAGCCGCCGCUGAGCGGCAACGCCACGGUGCAGCUCUUCGUGCUGGACGAGAACGACAACGCGCCGGCGCUGCUGCCGCCCGCGGGCUCGGCACCGGAGGCGGGCGCCGUCGCGGCAGCGGAGGCGGCGCUGGCUCUGGCGGGCGAGGGCUCGGAGUCGGGCACGCUGUGGGCGUGGGCGGCGUGGGGGGCGCCGGCGGGGCAGGUGGUGGCGAAGAUCCGCGCCGUGGACGCCGACUCGGGCUACAACGCGUGGCUGCGCUACGAGCUGUGGGAGCCGCGGGGCAAGGGCCCGUUCCGCGUGGGGCUCUACAGCGGCGAGGUGAGCACGGCGCGGGCGCUGGACGAGGCGGACGGGCCUCGCCAGAGGCUGCUGAUCGUCGUGCGCGACCACGGCGAGCCGGCGCGCUCGGCCACGGCCACGCUCAGCGUGUCGCUGCUCGAGGCGGCCGAGGCGGCGCUGGCCGCGGGAUCCUCGUCGUCGUCGUCGCUGUCGCGCUCGGCGGCGGCCGCCGAGCUCGGGCCCGGCGCGGCCAGCGCGGCCACCAACGUGUGGCUGGUGGUGGCCAUCUGCGCCGUGUCCAGCCUCUUCCUGCUGGCCGUGGUGCUGUACGGGGCGUCGCGCUGGGCGCCGCGGGCGGCCGUGCUCUCGGGGCCCGGGCCCACCACGCUCGUGUGCGCCAGCGAAGUGGGCAGCUGGUCCUACUCGCAGCGCCACAGCCGCAGCCUGUGCGUGACGGACGGCGCUGCCAAGAGCGACCUCAUGGUUUUCAGCCCCAACUUCCCUCCGCCGCCGCCCGGCUCCGCGCCCAAGGACACGCAGCAGGAGCCCUCCACUCUCCUCGACACGGUCAGUGGCAAUACCUUUUCUCCUGUAUCCUUUCCCUGAUGGUUCUUCCUCUCUGCCCAGUCUCUCCCCGUCCUUAUGCAGUUGCUGUUUUUAGCCCGGCUCCGCCCCACCCGCGUCGUGGGCGGUUGCUGCUUGUCGAGGGCUUCAGGAUGAGAAUCCUUCCUCUGCAUCUGUCGCCGGAGCCACCCGGUUCUUGCUCGUGUUCUGAGGUUUGAGGAUGAUGGAGUGGAAAUAGACGCAUUAGUGCACUCCGCAGAGCCCAUUGUCCGUAGAUGUGGUUUUGUGUUCAGUGUGUAAGUUCUCCCGUAGAGUGAAAUCAUUGUCCCUUGCGAUAAGAAUUGUCCUUUUUGCAGAAUAUGGGCAUUCUCCCUUGUGGGUAGCAUUUUUACUGGACCUUAUUUCAUGAGUGUCAAGACACGCAGGCUGUGUUGUUCCCAUUUCCCAGCCACUGGUGGACUGUCCUGUGUUUAGGUUUCUUUUCCUAGCAUAAACAGACUUCCUCCUCUCUGAGUCUGCUCUCUAACUAUGUUAUGCAAGGUGGAAAUUGGGUCUUUAUCUUUUAGUCAGUCAAUGAAAGGAUAAACUCGAAUUUGGUUGUAACAGUAGAGACAUGAUGAAACGGGAAAAUGUUGUGAGCCUUUCCUAUGAUCUGUUCCCUAGGAUCUUGUUUCUCUGCUUAGAAUUAUUAUUUUCAAAGUGAAGAGUUUUCUCCGAGGGUAAGUGUUAUAAAGUGGAAUUUUCUUUUCCUUUCUCCCCUGUUCCCCGGGCUGUGAAUGCACUUUCCUGGCCAGAGAACUACUAGGAAAUACCGUGUAGUCUUUUUAAUGUUGUAUCAAAAUCCAUAUCAACAGCAGCAUCACUUCAAAAGCUGUAGAAAUAACCUUUUAUAAAAAGAAAGCAAAGAAACAAUCCAGAGAAUAAGCCCUACCAACAAAACCGAAACCAAUUUCUCCUACACAGUCAAUAUAAUCCAUUAUGUUAUUGUGCCUGACAGCGUUUUGUUCUUAUCUCAGUACAUGUAAUAAGCUGAUGAUUGCCAUCUUUGUGUACUCGAGUUCUCCUUUUUGUGGACUUGAACCUGGUAGAGAUGGAUUGUCCUGUUGUCACCCCUGGCUUGUACUGAGGUGCAGGUACAGGGCAAACCGUGCAGAGCAGCCCAGCUCAAGAUUUCUGUGGUACUAAUUCUCUGUGUUGAACUUGUUUGAGUGCUUGUGCUAAGUUAUUUGGUGUGGUUCUCUUGAAGAAUAAAAUCCACGUAUGAUGACUCCCAUCAUGUUCUGAUUACAGGAUCUCUAAGAAUUUUAAUGUGCAGCUCUGUAGUAUUUCCAUGUGAAAUUGCUAAAAUGAAGCAAAGUAUUCUUAGUAAAUUUCAGGCGGUGGGGAGAGCCUGCUGAAGGCUGUGUAGUUUUGAAGAGUUUCACAUAUUCUUUGUGGUGAUCAUGAAGGCAGGUGAAGUGGUGCCAAGGUCUAGAUGCUCUGCAGACUGUGAUUUACAGAUGGAACAUGUUGCUGGAAUUUAGAAAUGUUUGAUAUUUUGGCAGGGAUUAUUUGAAUGGCAUCAAGUAUGGUCUGGACCUGUAUGAUAGGGACAGGGAGUUUGAGUGGGGAAGAGUUUUGCCUCAGGAGAACAGAAAUGCUGAAUAGAAUGUGGUCUGUGUUAUUAGAGGAUGCCAGUGGAAAAUAUGGAGAAAAAGCCCAGCACACAGGGCUGUUCUUCUGGGAUCUUCUCAGGACCUCCAGCUCUGUUUGCACAUCCCUGAGCUCUGUGAUGUUACUGCUUGUAAAAGUGUCUGCAAUACAUGCCUUUAAUCGCUUGUCUUUGUUGUGGAAAGUUGUUGGACUUCCGAAAUUUUCAAAAUUUUGUAAAAUUUCAAAAGCUUUUUGACAUUAGUGUAAUUGUGCUAGCCUUUUUAGAAUGUUGCCCGAGAAAUUUCUAUGAUCUUGGUGUUGUUAGGGAGGGGAAGAAGAAGUCUCUGUACUCAAGAUGUUGUGAGACCUUGAAUUUUACGUACAGUGGGACAGGUUCCUUUGCUUUCUUCUCUUGUCUGCGAGAGAGCACUCACCCUUUUUUCUUCUCUCACAUUGGCAAUGUCUAACAGUGGAUGAGAUGCAGAUGGUGAAAUACUGGCAGCUGUCAGGUGGCAGAUGUUUAGAUACUAAUCCAUUGGUCUUGGGGACAGUUUUUCCACUCUCUCGCUGAGACUGCUGUUGAGAGAAUAUCACAAACUUUCAGGUGUCCCUCCUGCUUACCCAGUGAUAGAAGUGCAAAAGGAAGUACUAGUCACUGUCCCUGUUUUCCAAAGCUCUUGGUGAAUGUAUUUUUUUCUGUCCAGUAUGCUGCAAAAUUACAUUCUUGGAGGAUAAUGUCCCUUAAAACCAGUUCUCCUGUUCUGAAAAUGUUUCUUUCUUUGGAAGAUGACACCAGCAGUGCUACAGGUAAGUCACUUGUACCUGAAGAGGCUGUAUGUGAGAGACAAAUGUACUUUGGUUCCUGUUCAGCUGUGGUAUCUUCAUGUUGGAUAGACUGGAAUAUUGUCUAUCCAGACUGAAUAUUGCCUGGAUUGAAAUGCCUGUAGGUUUGGAGCACCACUGCCUACUCUCAUUUCUUUCCUGUUGCUGCCUUGCACAGGGUGAGCACACUUGCAAGCAACAACAGAUGGAAAAAUUACCUUAAUGACUUUCCUGGAUUAGAUGUGUUUGGCAUACAGCAGAUUUUCCCAGUGACAAUGCAGUGGUGUUGCCCUGGUGGCUUUUAGUUGGCUGUGCAGGUGGAACAUCGAGUCAUGAAGAGCAAUCCUUGAUUAUAUUGUAAGAAUACAUGAACUAUAUGAGAAGUGCUCGGGUGCUGUGAUUGUCAAGAGCUUUUGCAGCAUUCUUGGAUGAUUGGUGUGCUGGGCUGUGAUGGCUUUGAGAAUGAGAAACUCCCUUGAGUUGUUUGUAAUCUUUGGUGCACCUUUUAAUGACAUAUCCGGGUAGCUGGGGUUGGUGAUUCUGUUCCAGAGGGUGCAACAAUGAUGGGGGAAAAAACCAAAAGGAAAUUGAGGAAUCGAUGUAAAGAGGAAGGAGAGCCCUUUCAAAAAGACAUUUAUAUCCACCAUCACAAACAAGCUGUAGACAUUUGGAAAGUCUUUUCGUACAUGUGGAAAAUAAUAGAGAGACAAGGAUGGGAAUGGAACAGGAAGUGAAGGAAAAAAAAACCAGGAAAGAGAAGAUAGAGGAAAGGAGAACUAGAAAAUAUAAAAGACAGAAAGGGGAAGAUGUAAAGACACCGGCAUAAGGAGAUGAAGAUGAGAAUUAAAAAGGAAGAAAGGAAUUCAUACAAGUAGGAACCAAGUAA